UGACUAACGGCACGACGCGGUACGUGCUAAAGUACAUUUUAAUUAAUUUUCUAUAAAGAAGUCAUAUUUUAUAGCUUUCAGUCAUGGCUGAAAUAGAUGAGACUUAUAUGAGGCGUAGAACGGUAUCUACAACGUUGGCAGCGAUAGAAACGCUGCAGAGAAAUACAAAGCCAGUACCCAUAAAUAUUGUAAGGAAACAGAAAGACAUACCCUUUCAUUUACCUCACAAGAAGUUGUUGGAAAAGAUUGAAUACGUGAAAAAAGAACCGGAACCAUUGACUGGUUUUGCUGCUGCUCAAGAAAAUAGAUUUAAAAAGGAAAGAAAGCCAGGCACCUUAGAGCCCAUAGAACAGGAAGUUGUUUGUCCAAAAAAGAAACGAAAACUUCAUAUACAAGAGUCUAAAGUAAGCUUGGAAGUCAAAGAGUACGUAACGACAGACCCUCUGAAAAUAAAACCAGAGGUAGCAUCACAAAAAGAUGUAAUUAACUCCGUAAGAGCAGACCCAUCGUGUGGAUUCCUCUACAUGAUUUAUGCUGUCCAUCCUCAGAAUGUUUAUUUCACUCCGUAUUAUCUCCAAGUCGUACCGUAUGAGAACAUCGACAAGAGAAACUUUUUCACUAUCAGCCCCUGCGGCGUCACUCACUACUCAAACGAAAUGGUCUUCACUAAACUUCCAGCUUGGGAACAGGAAUACACCAUCUUUGUUAAACUAACUGAUAUUAAAUUUUUCAAGCUAUAUAGAUAUUGGAAAGCUUUUUAUGUCUGGAAGAAAUCUAUAAUGUUUAGGAAAUACACUAAACUACGUAAUAAGCUGGCUAAGAACCUGUUUAUUUUGACACCAGUCCUGGGGAAAGCUUUGCUUAGUAUGCAGGCGAUGUGCUGCGAAAUGUACAUGAAAACAUUUGCCGAUCUGAGCCGAGAUAUGGAUACAGCAUUCUUUUACUUCAUCGAAGUUCAGAUGAAACGUGUCGAGUAUGUAAGGGAGAAACUGAUUGAAUAUCGCACGGUAGUACUUGACGUGAUUACCCAAGCUUGUCACAGCGCUCUGUACCAACAAGGCUUUGUGUACGACGACAGGAAUAUACCACCGUUUCAAAUUAUUAGAGGUAAACCCACUGGUGGUAUGUCUUACACGGAGAAAGCAAACAAGAGGAAGUAUUGUGAACGAUUGGCGUGCUUCAUCAAACUUGGGGAUUAUAUGACGAACUACAUGUUGUAUCGAUUGACAAAGCGGUCUAACAGUAUGAUGGCAAACAUGCUGCGGAUUCACAUCGGUUACACUCCUCCCCCUGAAGAGCUCGACGAUUCAGUAGUGGAUGAGAUUCUUGAGCAUGUACCGAGACCUAUUGACACAUGCAAGUGGCCAUUAUUCCAAGUCGACGUUUACGUUAAGGUAUCUGGUCAAAUGACACUUAAUCCUAGUGAGAAAGUAAUAUCCAGCUACUUGGAAAAAAUAACCAACUAUUGGGAGGAGUACGUACGGACAUUCCACAACUUCUUGAACGAUGAAACGCUACAAAUAUUUGUGCAGCCUACUAUAAUGGGCAAACCUGUUGACUGGUCCGCUGGCGUAUCGCCAAACCUUUAUUUCCUAAUGAACCAAGACAAGCAAAUGCUAGAUGACAUAGUAUACAUACCCUAUGCAAUCAAAUUUGGUUACGAGUCCGUUCGGCGAUUCUUGCAUCGUUACCAAGACUUUGCUGAUAAUUUCCGAGAUUCCUGUGCGAUGGACAUAAAUCUAAUUAAAGAUGAACGAGACGUGAUUGCUUUUAAGAAGAUGUGUGAGACGUUUGUAAAACAAAUGGAAUCGAUUGAAGAAGUCGUGAGCUAUCAACCUUUGGGUUUGAUGUUCUUGUGCUUGAGUCCAUUCCAAGAGAUCUUUAGACCGCAACCGAGGAAACUUUUCGAUGUCGUGGCUAGUGUUACUCCCGAAAUCGGACACAACUGUAUUGAAGAAAUCGUCAACGGAAUUGAGAAUAUUAAUGAUGAUAUCGUCAGGGAACCAGAGACGGCCGCUGAACUGGUCGCGUAUAAUUUCAUGAUGGACGGGCUCGAGGCCCGAGUGGCGUUCCUUGAGGAGAGAUUAGAGUAUCUUCGAGAGCUUUAUGAUCUUAUGGGAGAAUAUAACAUCCCGAUAUCGCCUGACGAUAUGACUGACUAUUUAGGAUUGAGCGUGGCGUUGGGAACUCUACGAACAAAUGUCGAUGCGAGACUAGAAACGCGAAGCAAACUCGCCGGACUGUUUGCGAGCCAGAUUGGCAAAGAUAUUAUGGGACUCAUGUUGGAUGUCAACAAGCUAAGGGACGAAGUCGCACAACCCUGGCUUUAUGAUGAAAAGUCGGAUAUGGACAAAGUAUUAGAAGCAUUGGCAGAAUUGCAGGAGAAACUCCAUGCUUGUUCUCUAAGGGAGAAACAAAUACGAGAAUGGCAGAAAAUAUUUAAGAUACCGCCCGCGAGGCUGGAACAAUUGGAUGAAGCUGUUAAUGAUGUGAAACUCAGACAAAUGCUUUGGAAAUCGUCUAAAGAAUGGAGCGAUUUAUUCCACUCAUGGUUCGAAGCACCCUUCAAUACACUGGACGUUGAAGAGAUACAGACAACAACUAUCAACUAUGGCAAGAUUUUCAAUCAACUUGACAAGGGUAUACCUGCCAACAAGAUUGUACCCAAAUGUAAAGCAACUAUCGAUAUUAUUAAAGAAAAGCUACCUGUGAUGUCGUAUCUUAGGAAUCCAGCUUUGAAACCCCGCCACUGGGUUAAGAUUGAAGAUAUACUGCACACGCGGUUCACACCAGAAACUGAGCUGACUUUGCGUGUUUUCGAAGAGCUACAUGCAUUCCAACAUGCUGAGGAGCUGAUGGAGGUGGCGGGUCAAGCCAGCUCCGAAGCUGGGCUUGAAGCCUUAUUGAAGAAAGUUGAGGAAAUGUGGGCUUCUCUGGAAUUCCCGGUGGUACACCACAAGGAUGCAAAGGACGUAUACGUGAUGGGUGGAUUAGAUGAAAUUCAAACAUGUGUCGAUGAGAGUAAUAUACAUAUUAGCACAAUCUUAAGCUCUAGGAAUUGUGGACCCAUCAAGAGCAGAGUUGAAGAGUGGGCAAAGAACUUGGAUCUGUUUUCUAAAACUUUGGAAGAAUGGCAUGCUUGUCAACAAACAUGGAUAUAUUUAGAGGUUAUUUUCAGUGCACCUGAUAUUCAGAGGCAAUUGCCGAAUGAAACUAGACUUUUCUCGAUUGUUGACAAGUCUUGGAAGGAUAUUAUGCGCAAAUUAGCUAAGGUACCUUUGGCAAUGCCAGCUGCAACGCAACCGAAAUUAUACGAGGAGUUUGUAAGAAACAAUGAAAUGCUUGAUCAAAUCAUGAAGUGUCUUGAAGCUUAUUUAGAAACUAAGCGAGUAGCAUUCCCACGCUUUUUCUUCUUAUCCAAUGACGAACUUUUGGAGAUCUUGGCCCAGACACGUAAUCCUCACGCCGUCCAACCCCACUUGCGCAAAUGUUUCGAUGCGAUUGCAAAAUUGGAGUUUGGCGUGAAAUUGCCUGAAACUGAAAUGGAAAUGACUGAUGAAGGCUAUCUGGUUGAACGGGAGAUGUCUUUUCAUACGAGAGAUAUGUUGCAAGCAAAACUGGCGAAGGAGGCGAAGCCAGAGGACUUGACAACGGAUAUUGUUGCCAUGCUGUCACCUGAAGGCGAGAGAGUUAAUUUAGGCAAGGGGCUAAAGGCUCGUGGAAACGUUGAGGACUGGCUCGGGAAAGUGGAGGAAGCCAUGUUUGCGUCUGUUAAAAGAUGCAUGAAACAUGCGCUAAAAGACUUUAUGGUGCGUCCCAGAGUGGAAUGGGUUCAACUGCACCCUAACCAGAUAGUUUUGUCAGUUUCCCAAAUAAUGUGGGCUAAAGGUGUUCACGAAAUAUUUGACCUUGGGAUACCUCUACGCAUUGACACUGGUCUCAUGGAUUAUGAGAAGAAAUGUAUUUCUGACUUGAAUGAUCUAGCUGCACUGACUCGGCAAGACCUCAACCCUUUGUUUAGGAAAGUUCUUUGCGCCCUUAUCACUGUAGACGUCCACGCUAGAGAUACUAUUACGCAUAUGGUGGAAAAGCAUGUGCAACGACCAAACGACUUUGAAUGGUUGAAGAUGAUUCGUUAUUAUUGGGAGGAAGAUAUUGAUAACUGCGUAGCGAGGAUGUCAAGCGCCUAUUACGUGUACGGCCAUGAAUAUUUGGGUGCAGCUGGUGUGCUGGUGAUAACUCCGCUGACGGACAGAUGCUACCUCUGCCUCAUGGGUGCGCUGCAGCUGGACCUGGGCGGCGCGCCGGCGGGGCCCGCGGGGACCGGCAAGACCGAGACCACCAAAGACAUGGCCAAGUCUCUGGCUAUACAGUGCGUCGUGUUUAACUGCUCAGAAGGUCUGGACUACAAAAUGAUGGGCCGUUUCUUCUCCGGCCUGGCGACGUCCGGGGCUUGGUGUUGCUUCGACGAGUUCAACCGUAUCGACAUCGAAGUGUUGUCUGUCAUCGCGCAGCAACUCAUCACUAUCAGAAACGCUAAGGUCGCCAGACUCAGCAGAUUUAUGUUUGAGGGCCGAGAAAUCAAGUUAGUCCGCAGUUGUGCAGCUUUCAUCACCAUGAACCCUGGCUACGCGGGGAGGACCGAACUGCCAGAUAACCUGAAGGCCUUGUUCCGUCCUAUAGCUAUGAUGGUGCCGGAUUACGCUUUGAUCGCCGAAGUAAUCCUGUAUUCGGAAGGAUUUGAAUCCUCAAAGGGUUUGGCGAAAAAGAUGGUACAGAUGUACAAGUUAUCCAGUGAACAACUGUCCAAACAGGACCACUACGACUUCGGCAUGAGAGCCGUGAAGAGCGUGUUGGUGAUGGCUGGAGCAUUAAAACGCGCAAGUCCUGACCAACACGAAGAGAUGACCCUUAUGUGCGCUCUCAACGACAGCAACCUUCCAAAGUUCUUAGCAGCGGAUGCAAUACUGUUUGCUGGGAUAUUGUCAGAUCUGUUCCCAGGUGUUGAACUACCCGAAAGAGACUAUGGUGUUAUGGAGGAAGUCAUCAGAGUCGUUAUCCUAGAGAAGAAACUUCAAAUUGAAGAAUGUCAAAUUCGUAAAGUUAUUCAAUUACAUGAGACUAUGAUUGUACGGUGGGGUGUCAUGCUGGUCGGCCCAACCGGUGGUGGGAAGACCGUCAUUUUGCAUGUACUAGGAGGCACUUACACGAGGCUCUGGGAGAACGGAGUCCCUGGAGCUCAAUAUCAGAAAGUACAUAAGUACAUAAUGAACCCCAAGAGUCUUACGAUAGGCGAACUGUACGGGGAAGUCAAUUUGCAAACACUCGAAUGGCACGAUGGAAUCCUGCCUCUUAGUCUACGUACAGCUGUCCAAUGUACCAAGCCCGACCACCAGUGGUUGAUAUGCGACGGCCCCGUCGACGCGGUUUGGAUCGAAAACAUGAAUACUGUAUUAGACGACAACAAAAUGUUAUGUUUAUCCAACUCUGAGAGGAUCAAACUUACGCCCUACGUUCACAUGCUGUUUGAGGUAGCUGAUUUGGCUCAAGCGUCACCGGCUACAGUGUCCCGAUGCGGCAUGGUAUACAUCGAUCCUAAUGAAAUGGGCUACUUGCCUUUUGUGCGAUCCUGGCUAGACGAGAGCGUUGAAAAGAACCUCUUUACACAGGAAAACUCUGAAUUCCUUUACGAACUGUAUCAGAUGCUCGACGUUGGAUUUGGAUAUGUUAAUACUAAAUGCAAAGUGGGAAUAAAACAGGUGGACAUCAGCAAGGUAUCGGCUCUCUGCUAUCUCUUGGGCGCUUUGCUUUCGGAGCCAGGCGAACGUUUCCCGGACAAGGCCGCCAUAAAAGUGUACAUCGCCCACUGUUUUAUAUUCUGCUAUAUUUGGUGCAUCGGCGGGAACAUUCUCGAAGGGAACAGGAAAACGUACGAAGAGCUAAUUAAACGACAGUUCGAACUCUACGAGGAGGCCGAAUACAUGCCAUCUGGCUUCAAUUUCUUCGACAUGUACAUGGAUACGAAACAACGCAGACUCAAAGUGUGGGCAGAAAUCAUUCCUGAGUUUCUGUAUGAUUGCAACAAACCAUUUUUCGAAACUCUCGUGCCCACUAUUGAUACAGUACGUUAUGGAUAUCUUUUCGAGAAACUUCUUUCUUGUGGAAAACCUGUCAUGUUUACUGGGAACACAGGUGUGGGUAAGACGGUCAUCGCGAUUGAGAUGCUGAACAAAAUGUCUGUAGGGGGCUACUACAUACCAUGUAUCCUUAAUUUCUCGGCACAAACCAGCAGUGGUCGAACUCAAGAAGUAAUUGAAUCUCGAUUAGACAAAAGACCACGGAAGGCUAUUGGAGCUCCUCUAGGAAAGAAAGUCAUAAUAUUCAUUGAUGAUGUCAAUAUGCCAAAAUUAGAUGUUUACGGCGCUCAGCCGACUAUAGAACUUUUGCGACAAUUCUUAGACUUUGGUGGUGUUUACGAUCGGGAUAAGUUGUAUUGGAAGGAUAUUAUUGACGUGGUGCUGUCGUGUGCGUGCGCGCCUCCCGGCGGUGGUCGAAACCCACUCACCGGACGAUUUGUCAGACAUUUCGCUAUGUUCUACAUAUCUGCACCCAACUCUGAAGCUAUGAAAACUAUAUUCAAGGCAAUCUUGAGAGGUCACUUGGAGGACUUCGUAGCCGAAGUGUCGAUUCUCGGCGGUCCAAUAGUUGAUGCAGCUGUGGAGCUGUACCUUAAGAUAUGCGCUGAACUGUUACCGACGCCUGCUAAGUCCCACUACGUGUUCAACUUGCGAGACUUAUCGAAGUGCAUGCAGGGAGUGUUGCAGGCUGAUGCUUCGUAUAUGAGGGCACCACAAGGAAUGCUCAGAUUAUUCUACCACGAGUGUCUACGUGUAUUCCACGACCGGUUGAUCAAUGUCCAAGACAAGAGUUACUUCUACCACUUGAUGAGCGUUGUGUGCCAGAAGAACUUCCAAACGGCUAUACUAGACGUUCCCGAUGAUCCGAUUAUUGAACACCCUCCCUUGUUAUUGUUCGGAGACUUUAUCAACUCGGCUGUCCCAAAAGAGAACAGAAAUUAUGCUGAAAUACCAGAUUUAGCUAAGCUUAUGACUGUUCUAAAGGAAUAUCUAGAAGAAUACAACUCGACGGCUCGUGCCGAGAUGCACCUCGUGUUGUUCCAGGAUGCUGUAGAGCAUAUCGUCCGAACUGCCCGAGUGUUGCGAGCUGAGAGGGGCCACUGCCUCAUGGUCGGGCCCGGAGGGUCUGGCCGCAGGAGCGUUGCCACUCUCGCCGGACAUGUCAACGAAUGCAAGUGUAUGGGGAUGGAACUGAAGAGAAACUAUGACACACCAGAAUUCCACGAGGACCUUCGGAAGAUGUAUUUGAGAGCUGGACUCCAUGUUGAAGAUACGGUGUUCCUGUUCACAGACACGCAGAUCACAAAAGAAGAAUUUCUAGAGGAUAUCAAUAAUAUGCUCAAUUCUGGUGAGGUCCCGAACUUAUUUGACGGUGAUACCUACGAGGCUGUGCAGAAUGGAUGCCGCAACGAAGCAGCCAAAUUUGGUAUCAACCCGGCGGACCGCGACGGAGUCUAUUAUUUCUUCAUAAACCGAGUGCGAGGAAAACUGCACCUUUGUAUAUGUAUGAGUCCCGUUGGAGAAGCAUUUAGACGCCGCUGUCGAAUGUUCCCGUCAUUGGUCAAUUGUUGCACAAUAGAUUGGUUCACUAAAUGGCCGCCGGAAGCUUUGCUCUCCGUGGCACAGCAAUGCUUACAGCCGCUCGGCAACAAGCAUAUUAUUGAACAGAUUUCUUCCAUUUGCGUCACCAUGCAUCAGGACGUGGAUGUCAUGACAGAUCGACUUUACCAAGAGAUGAGGCGAUACUUCUACACAACCCCGAGCAGUUACUUGGACUUGUUGAAGCUGUACAUGAUGUUGUUGGACAAGAAACAGCAACAGAUCAUCAGGGGCAGAGACAGAAUCUCCUGUGGAUUACAGAAACUAUACGAAACCUACGACGUAGUGGGAGUAAUGGAAAAUCAGGUUCGUGAAAUGGAGCCAAUCCUCGCAAAGAAAGCAGAGGAAGGUCAUGCACUGGUCGCAAAACUCAAAGUAGAGCAGAAGGCAGCUGACCAAGUCAAAUACGCGGUCAUGAAAGACGAAGCGGCCGCGAAGAUCAAAGCAGAGGAAGUUCGGCAAAUAGCGGAUGAAGCGAAGGCGGACCUGGCACAAGCGAUGCCUGCGAUGGACGCCGCUCAGGCUGCCCUAAAAGCUCUCAACAAGGCGGAUAUUAACGAAUUGAAAGCCUUUCAGAAGCCGCCCACGCUGGUGCGCUUCGUUAUGGAACCCAUAUGCAUAUUGUUUAAUGUCAAACCUGAUUGGGAUUCGACAAAGAAACUUUUAGCAGAUGUCAAUUUCAUCGGAAAACUUGAAGAAUAUGACAAGGAUCACAUACCAGACGCGACGCUAAAGAAACUCAAAGUGUACCUCACUCACAAGGAUUUCAAUCCAGACACUGUCGUUAAAGUUUCAAAGGUGUGCAGAUCGAUGGUGCUGUGGGUGCAAGCCAUUGACAUGUACGCCAAAGUAUUCAGGGUUGUAGAACCCAAAAUAAUAAAGCACAAAGAAGCUGCGGCGGUAUUAAAACAUGUAAUGCAUGUACUCAGAGCAAAGCAAAAGGAAGUAGAAGCCAUAGAGGCUCAACUUGCUAAAAUGAUGGAUGAACUAAGAAUUGUUGAAGAGGAAAGGACAAGAUUGCAGGCUGAUGUAGACUUGGCCGCUGCUCGUCUAUCGCGAGCUGGAAGGCUGACGCAAGCCUUGGCUGAUGAGAAAACACGCUGGGAAGACAGCGUGAAGGCCGCAACGCAUCAACUGCAUUGUACGACGGGUGAUAUUAUAAUUGCCUCCGGAUGCAUCGCUUACUUCGGCGCUUUUCCCGCGCAUUACCGGCGAGAGCUUGAAGUUAAAUGGAUACAGCAAUGUACAGAAUUAGAAAUUCCGGCCUCCGACACGUUUGACUUGAUAACAGUAAUGGCCGACUCAUAUACUAUUCGGACUUGGAACUCACAAGGACUACCUCGUGAUUCCAUAUCUUCUGAGAACGGGAUUCUGGUGACAAGGGCUGGGCGAUGGCCGCUCACUAUCGAUCCUCAGGAACAGGCCAACAGAUGGAUAAUAAAUAUGGAAAAACAGAAUGGCCUAAUGAUUACAAAAUUAAGUGAACCUGGAUAUUUACGAAUACUUGAGAACUGUAUUCGUCUGGGAUGGCCAAUGCUUAUUGAAGACCUUGGCGAAACGCUCGAUGCUACAUUAGCUCCAGUUCUCCUAAAACAAACCUUCUUGCAGGCAGGAAGACUACUUAUCCACUUGGGCGACAGCGACAUAGAGUACGACACGAACUUCCGACUCUACCUCACGACCAAGCUAGCCAACCCACACUAUCUGCCCGAAAUCUGUAUCCAAGUCACCCUCGUGAACUUCACCGUGACUUUGUCCGGCCUUGAGGACCAAUUGUUGGCGGAUGUCGUGAGAUUAGAACGCCCAGAUCUAGAAGUUCAACGUACCGAGCUCAUAAUUCGAAUCAACACCGAUAAAGGUACUCUACUUGAGAUUGAAGACAAGAUUCUGCGCCUUUUGUACGCGUCUACAGGGAACAUUCUGGAUGACGAGGAACUUAUCGAGACUCUUAACGAGAGUAAAGAAACUUCAGAAAUUAUAAACGCACGGUUAGAGGAAACCGAAGCAACGGAGAUAAGUAUAUCGGCGGCAAGAGAAAAGUACCGUACUGUGGCGACGCGUGGCGCGGUCUUGUACUUCGCAGUAGCCCAACUGGCAGACAUCGACCCCAUGUACCAGUUCUCGUUGAAGUACUUCACCCAGAUUUUCAACCAAGUCAUCGACAAAAGUGAAAAGAGUGAUGUAUUGGAAACAAGACUGGAAAUUCUACGACGAGAGAUCACGCUAUCGGUUUACCGAAACGUUUCGAGAGGACUCUUUGAGAGGCACAAGCUAGUUUUCAGUUUCCUUCUAAACAUGGCGGUUUACUUGAAUGCUAACCUGGUAUCGGCGUCAGAAUGGAACUAUAUUCUACGAGGCUCUGCCGGUACCAAAGUGAUACCGCCUAAAAAGCCCCAUAUAGAAGCAAUGACGGAGCACAUGUGGCUAGCAACCUGUCACUUGGAUGAGACGGACCAUCGUUUCCAUGGGCUAGCAGAAGACUGCUUGAAAAGAAUCCCCGUCUCGAUAGGAACUUUCGAACUGAUAAUACACGUUGACAAACGAAAUCUAAAUCCACCGAAAGUUAACUGGAAUGAGAGGUUAACCCCAUUCGAAAAAUUAAUGCUGAUCAAGACUUUGAGGGAGGAAAAAUUAGUAUUCGCCAUUGCGCAGUACGUCAGCACCAGCCUUGGAUCCGUAUUUAUAGAGAGUCCUACCGUGCAACUGAACACGCUAUAUGCGGACACUGCAGCAGCCAUCCCACUGGUGUUCGUUUUAAGCACAGGCUCGGAUCCCUUCGGAGCCUUCCAAAGGUUUGCUACCGAUAUGGGUAUGCGUGACCGCGUGCAUUCGAUCUCAUUAGGCCAAGGACAAGGGCCUGUAGCUGAAAAGAUGAUCAUGUCUGCAAAGCCAAAAGGCGACUGGGUCUUCCUUCAAAAUUGUCACUUAGCCGCCUCGUGGAUGUUAAGCUUGGAAUUAAUAGUCGCCAACCUAAGUAGCGAAUCGGGCAUGCCAAAUCCAGAUUUCAGACUGUAUCUCAGUUCAAUGCCUACUCCCAAAUUUCCUGUGUCAGUUUUACAGAAUUCAGUAAAGGUUACAAAUGAACCACCAAAAGGUUUAAAAGCAAAUGUCAAAAGGGCUCUUAUUGAAAUGGAUUUAGAUUUCUUUGAAAAUCAUGUUUUGGGUCAAGAUUGGCGCACAAUGUUAUUUGGCAUUUGUAUGUUUCAUGCCAUAAUUCAAGAACGUAAAAAGUUCGGCCCUCUAGGAUGGAACAUAACUUAUGAAUUUAACAACAGCGACCGAGAAUGCGCUAUGAUGAAUCUACAGAUGUUUUGUGAAGAAGGAUUUAUACCUUGGGACGCUUUAGAAUAUAUUACAAGUCUAAUCACGUACGGAGGUAGAGUGACAGACAUGUGGGAUCAAAGAUGUCUCACAACAAUAUUGAAGUUGUUCUUCUCGCCGCCCACCCUCGAGGAUGGAUAUGCUUACUCGGAAUCAGGCACCUAUUACUGUCCCAGAUCAGACAAAUUAGAAGAAUAUCGGGACUAUGUAGACUCUCUACCGGGCGUUGAAAACCCGGAGGUGUUCGGUAUGCACGAGAACGCUAAUAUAGCAUUUGAGAAUAAAGAAACAACAACCUUGAUUCAAACAAUAGUCGACGUGCAGCCACGCACUAGCGGCGGUGGUGAAGGCGAAACACCUGACCAAAUUGUUUGGCGCGUGUGUGACCAGACACGUUCCAAGAUAUCCCAUAAAAUCGACAAAUCUCUGAUCAACCCAGAACUAAUGAUACCGGAUGACAUGGGACAGCUUCAUUCGUUGACCACUGUAUUAAUUCAUGAAACAGAUAGGUUUAAUACUCUACUGGGAUUAAUUCAUUUUUCACUUAAUGAACUUCAAAAGGCUAUUAAAGGUAUAGUUGUGAUGUCAGAAGCUUUCGAAGAAGUGUUUACGGCAUUCAUGAACAACAGAGUUCCUCAUAUGUGGCACAGAAAAGGAUAUAACUCUUUAAAGUCUCUUGGUAGUUGGAUACAUGACCUCACGCUGCGUAUUGAUUUUAUUGAGAAAUGGCUGGUGGAGGGAGCGCAGCCGAGUAGUUGGGUGUCAGGGCUCUUCUUCCCGCAAGGCUUGCUCACCGGGUCGCUUCAGUCCUACGCUCGCCGGUACCGUGUACCCAUUGAUGCACUUAUGUUCGACUUCAUGCCUUUGCCAAUAUUUCUAUCACAGGACGAUGUAUACAAGCAAAAUAAGAAAAAAAAGGGAGAUGCUGUCGCAGCAGAUGUUUACGCAUUCUUAGAAAAACCUGAUGACGGUGUUAACAUUCAUGGUUUGUUUAUUGACGCUGGCCGUUGGGAUGUGAGAGAAACCAUGCUUGUGGACGCAUUGCCUGGUCAAAUGAAUCCCCCUCUGCCGGUGGUCUGGUUCAAGCCAGUUCAGCAACUGCCUAAACCUGACCCUCGAUAUGAAGCACCAUUGUACAAGACGUCCGAAAGAGCAGGAGUUUUGUCUACUACUGGACACAGCACUAACUUUGUACUACCCGUUUUAUUACCAUCGCAUCGAAAUCAAAGCUAUUGGAUCAUUCGUGGCACAGCUCUUCUAACACAAAUCACGGAUUAAACAGCAUUUAAUGUAUAGUACUUAUAUACAGCAAUGCAAGCAGCAUCCACAAUCAGAUGAAGAUCCGGGAGUCAUUCAUUACAUGAGUGGACAUACAUAUUUAUAUUUCUAAAUAGAACUGUAGUCAUAUAUAUGUACAGCUACAAUCCAAUAUGACCAAAUGCAAACCUAUCUUCUAAUACAUGUAAAUCUUAUUACUACAUGAAAACACAAAAUCUAACUUUCCUACCAUUGUAACUUAUAUUAUGAUAAAAUGAUUAUAAUAGUGCUCGCUAA